AUGGUGUUUCGCCGCGCGCCCGUGCUACUGCAUCAGAAUUUCAUCGCCGGUCCUCCCGCGGGACACAUCUGGCACUUGUGCUGUCACACCCUUCUGACCUCCCUGCCCCGGGCUUCGGACUCGGUGUCCUGGAAUGGCGGCCGCGCCGGGCGCCUCCGCCGGCGCAGGUCCUCGGUGGGCCUGACCCCGACCGAGCCCGGCGCCUCGCGCGAAGUGUCCACCGUGGACGAAUGCGAUCUCUUCGAGUGGCUGGCCACGACGCUGGUUCGCUUCAGCGGGCCGAAGUCCACCCCGAGCGCCGGCCUGUUCUUCCUGAGUCUGGAAGUGGACACGUGGCGCCUGCUGGGCGACAUGCUGGAGUUCCUGGUGGACUCGCUGCGGGCGCGGCCCAUUCGUGCGCCGCUCCUGCAGGCGGUCUCCUUCGCCAGCCGGUGGAUCGCCUGCCCGAUUGCCGGCGACUACCGGGUGCCCAACCCCGAUGGCUUGGCCGUGCAAGUGGUCCGGGCCCUGCGGCUGCUGCUGCUGCCGCAUGGGCUCCAUGCGCUGGACUUGCAGCGCCGGCGUAAGGCCGCCAUCAGCGAGCUGGUCCUGUCGUCGGCCGACCGGUCGCUGCAUCAUCCGGCGCUGGCGCACCCGGCCCCGGCGAUCGAUUUGCUGCGCGCGCCGUAUGCGGCGGUCUUCCGCCCGGGCGACGUGGCGCACAUUGCCCUGGUGGCAGACCUGACACGGGCGGUGGCCGAGGCCGGGGCCGCGCCCAUCACCCCGGCGGACGGCCUGCUGGGCGAGUGCCCGGCCAGGGCCGAUGCCGUGGAUGGGCCCCUGCCGGCGGCCGCGCGCCUUUGGCAAUUGUGGCGCACGGCCGCCCUGCACCUGUGCCUGCACAGCGAGCUGUCGGCUGUCAGCUCGCUGAGUGACAGCGGCGCCCAGGGCGACGGUGCCAGCGGCGCGGCGGCCGGCAUUCGCCGGUCCUUCGCGGCCAUCUGCGACGACCUGCUCGCCCCUCUUGCCGGGGUCAUGACUUCGACCGACACGGCUCCGGUGGACGCGGGCCUGGCCCGGCGCGUGCUGGCCAGCACGCUCUUCCACCCGGACCAUCUGUUUGAAUUUGCCUCCAGCUGGCUGUGGGGCCUGGGCCUGACGGCCGGCGGCCUGGCCGGGCACACGCACCAGGAGGCGGCCAAGCUGGCGGCCGGCACCGCGCCGGCCCCCGCCGAGGGGGAUCCCGCGGCCGGGAAGAAGCGCGGCCGCGGCAAGGCCGCCGCCGACGCCGGCGCCGGUGCCGGUGCCGGUGCCCCGGCCGGGGAGGCCUCCAUCGCCGGGACGGCCGUCCGGCUGCCGCCGGUCCGGAGCUACCCCCGGCGUCUGUUUGAGAUGCUCUACACCGGGCUGUACCCCGGGCUGCUGGCCGGGGGCGAUGGGGCCGCGACGAUGGCGGCGGUCAGCCUGCUGGGGGUGCUGCCGGUCCUGCUGACGGACUUCACCCUGGCCGUGGGGCGGCGCUUGGCGCGCAGCGACCCCGGGCCUGGCGCCGGCGGCCGGGACAAGGCCGCGAGCGAGCACGCCUCGCCGGCCGAUGCCACGGCCACCUCGGCCGCCGAGGAUGACGCCAUCGCCAUGUCCUUCAAUUUCUUCCGCGAACUGGCGGCGCUCGUGGUGCCGCUGGUGGUGCUGGGGCUGGACCGGCCGGUGGCCGCCGGCCAGGCCGAAGCACAGACGGUCGGCUGCGCGGCCCUGGUGACCCUGGCCCAGCUGCUGGCCAUCGCGGCCGGCGAGCUGGACCUGUCGCCCGGGCGCCGGGUGACGGCCAUGGCGAUGGCCGCCGGGCCGCUGCUGCUGGGCCCGGAGGCCGGCCCGGCGGCGGUGCUGGAUGGCGACACGGCCUGCUGGCUCGCCGGGGCCGGUCGGGCGUCGGGCGCCGAUUCGAGCUCGGCCCCGCUGGCCGCCACCACGGCGGCCCUCGGCCAGCUGCUGGAUCUGGGCGCCGACCGGGUGGCGGUGUCGGCGUCGCCGAGUGCCACGGCCUUCGGCCUGCGGCCGAUGGCCAAUGACGACCGGUCGCGCCGGCAGUCGGCCACACUGGCGGCCCUGGCCCGGCUGAGCCUGGGCCUGUGCCUGGGGUUCCGGGAGGUGGCCAUGGUGGCCGGGGCCUGGGCCACCGGCGGCCAUGCGCUGCUGGGGCGUUUGGUGGCCGACCCGAUGGGCGCGGUGCCGGGCUCGGGGCUGUCGCGUGCCGGCCGGGACUCCGGCGCGCAGCAGGCCCAGCUGGCGGCCGAGAGCGUGGCACACGCGGUGUGGGCGGCGCCCCUGGCCGCGGCAUCGACGGCGGAGCCGGCCCCGGGGGCCGGGGCGAUGAUGGGCGGCGCGUCGCCGGCCCUGGCCACCGCUGCGCUGGUGUGCCUGACUUCGCUGGUGCGCAUGGACUACGGGCUGCUGGACCGGCACCUGGUGCAGGUGUGGCAGGCCUGCCUGCCGGGCUUCCGGCGGCUGGACGAUGUGACGGCCACGGCCGGCAGCCCGUCGGCCCUGCGACGCGGCGCCACGCGGCUCAGCUGCCGGCUGGUGGAGACCUACUCGCGGCUGUCGCUGCUGGACCGGUGCCUGCGGGCCCUGUGGCGCGGGCUGCUGCUGGCGGCCGCGAGUGCCCGGCAGCCGGGCGCGGGUGUGGCCUCGCCGCCGGUGCUGCCGGGGCCGGUGCUCGCGGCCCUGACCGAGGGCGUGGCGCACAUCCAGCACCCGGGCCCGGCGUUGGCGGUUGUGGUAGCCGGACUGGUGGAGCCGCUGGUCGAGUGUGCGACCGGCGGCCCGGGGCCCGGGGCCGUGGCCUGCCCCUCGCACCGGUGGCUGGUGCUGGCCGUGGCUCGGCAAUUGGCCGACACCCUGGCCGGGCGCCUGGGCGGCGGUGUGGAUGUCCUGACGCAGCCGGUGGCCGAGGUGUUCAUCGGCCAGAGCGCCUGGCCGGCCGAGGAUCUGGCCCGGGUGCGUGCCGGGCUGGGCCUGGAGCGUGGGGCCCCGGUCACUGGGGCCCUGCUCCUGUCGCAAAUUGGCCCGCUGGUGGCCGGGCUGUGGCCGGCUGCGGCGUCCCCGGCGCCGGACCUGGCCGCCGGCCCGGCCGGGGCCCCGCUCGAUGUCGCUGGGCGGCUGGCCGUGGAGGCCGGGCUGCUGACCCUGAGCCUGGCCCGGCUGAGCCCGGCCGCCCUGGUCGGCACGCUGGCGGCCAUGCCGGCCGGGCCGGAGAUGGCGGUCGGCCAGCUGGUGGCCCUGGCGCGUGGGCUGGCCACGCGGGUGGACGCCUGUGGCCCGGCGGUGUAUGCCACCUGGCCGGAGGUCGCCUCGACCGCCGGCCCCGAUGGCCCGUCGGCCGGCAAGUCCAGCGGCAAGUCCGGCUCGCGGGCCGUGCCCAAGGACAUGUCGCUGCUGGCCGGCCGUCGGGCGCUGGCCGGCGACCUGGGCCAGCUGGCGGCCCUGCUGCCGGCCCUGCUGGGGCUGCUGCAUGCGGCCUCGGUCCAGGGCCUGGACGCCGGGCAGCCGGUGGUGCUGGACACCCCGCGGCCGUGGGACUUGGGCUCCGGGUGCCCGGACCUGCCGGUCGGUCGGGCCACCCUGCUCCGGUGCCUGGAGGCGGUGGUCCAUGCGACCGGGGCCGCCUGCCGGCUGGCCGUGGCCGAGCAGGACCUGGCCCACUUUGGCGGGGCCCCGGCCGGCGGGCAUGGCCAUGAUGAGGGUGCCGCCGGCGCUGCGCAGGGCGCCGGGCUGGCCGGCUGGCCGGAGCCCAGCCUGGCGGUCAUGCGUCUGGUGGCCGAGUGCGGGCCGCUGCUGGGCCGGCACUUUGACUGGGCGGCGGCCUGGAGCCCGGGCCCGGCGCGGGAGCUGGCCGAAGACUUCCUGGCACAGCUGAUGCUGGCGGCCGGGGUGGAAUCGGCCGCGCCCCUGGCGGCCGGCGAUCGCCCGGUGCUGGGGGAUCUCCUGCGCAAUGCCCUGUGGUUCGAGUCGGGGCUGCUGCAUUCGGGCCCGGUGCUGGCGGCCGCGUCGCGCCGGUGUCUGCUGCAGGCGGUCCCGGUGCCGGUGCCGGGGGCCAGCACGGCGGUGCUCCUGCGGCCGGAUCCGGCCGGCCCGCUCGGGGCCCUGGGCGCCAUCGACCGCGAUGCCCCGGCCAUGGGGGCCCUGCUGGGGCAUUUGGCCCCCGGCCGGGCGCUCUUCCUGUCGGCCGGUAGCCGGCCGGUGCGCCGCUCGGCCCGGCUGCAGGGGGGCCACCAUGUGUCGACCGACGACCAGGCCCUCGGGUCGCUGCUGCUGCCGGAGGCGGGACCGGCGGAUGCGGGCGCCGCGGCGGCGGCCCUGUGCCGGCGGUCGCUGGCCGGGCCGCUGAGCUACUGGAGCCUGCUGCCUCCGGGCGCGGCGCCGGCCGAGUGGCUGCUGGCCGCGGCGGCCACCCUGCUGCAUGCCCUGUACUGGGCGGCGGCCGAGGCGGCGCAACGCGCGGCGGGUGUCGCGCAGCCGGCCUCGGCCGCCACGGUGGCCGUGCAGGCGCUCCUGCGCCGGGGGUUCUCCCUGGCCGGGCGACUGCUGGCGUGGGCCACGGCUGGCAGUGUGGCCGCCGGGGCCCAGCGCGCCGCGGCCGGGGCCACGCGCUCGGCCGACCACCUGUCCCCGGGGCUGGCGCUGGCCCUGCUCCGGGGCCCGUUGGCCCGGUGGGCCGAGUUGCUGGGCUCCGGGGCCGAGCUGCCGGCCGACUGGCAUGCGGCGCUGGACCCCUGCCGGCUGGUGCGGGCGCUGGCCAUGCUGGCGGUGGACGAUGCGGCCGGUGGCCUGUCGGACCUGCUGGCCCACUGCCUGGUGGCCGGCACCACCGGCCGGUCGGCGCACGAGGAGCCCUGCCACGAGGGCAGGGCUUGCGUGUGCGCCGGGCGCCUGCGCAUGGACACGGCGCGGCUGCGCGCGGCUGCCCACUGCCUGGAGGGCGUGGUGCUGCGGCUGCGGCAAUCGACCGGCGCGACCACCGGCAAGCGUGGCCGCCGGUCGGCCCUGGCCCUGGACCCGGCGGUGGCCGGGCGCCUGGGUGCCAUCGAGCGCCUGGCCGUGGACAUGGUGGCCACGCUGGCCACCCGGGGCCUGUGGGACGCGGCGUCCGAGGCCGGGCCCCCGGUGUGGGAGCUCCUGGCGGCGCGUGGCCUGGCCGGGCUGCGCCUGCUGCAGGUGUGCCUGCGAGUGCAGAGCGCCCGCACACAGGGCCAUCUGACCUUCGGCCCUACCGGGGAGGACUCGCCCGCAAAGGGCACCCUGAGUGGCGACGUCCUGGCCGGGGCCAUUCGCGCGGCCAUGGCCGACACCCCGUGGCUCGGGGCGGCCGGGGCCGGCGGUCCCCGAGGCGCGGGCCAGGCCUUCGGCCUGGUGGCGCAGCUGGCCCAGCUGGUGGGCGAGCAGGGCUCCCUCGUGGGCCUGCACACGGCGGACCUGCUGGCGGCCGUGACCAUGGUGACGCGGAUGGACGCCAACCGGGCGGUGACCGGCUCCAGCGACGAGGCCGAGGAGUCGGUGGCCCAGACGCUGGCCCGGCAGCUGGCGGCGCCUCUGCGGUACAUCGGUGCCGGGGGUUUCCCGGCGGCCGGGCAGCAGGUGGUGGCCGCGCUGGCCGCCGCGUCCCAGGGCCCCGGGGCCAUGACCCUCGGGGCGGGGCUGUCGGCCCUGGCGCAGGCGGUGCUGGAGCUGUCGGCCGGCGGGGGCCCCGGGCAGGAGGCGGCCGUGGUGCAGGAAGCCCGGCGGGCCUCCUUCCUGGUGAUGGGCCACGCGGCGGUGGGCCUGGCCAAUGCGGCGCACAUCGACGUGGCCAGCCGCUGGGCCCGGCUGCUGUCGCGGUCGCUGCUGCUGUCGAUGCAGCACCGGCCGCAGAAUGUGGCAGCCAUGCUGGCGGCCCUUCAGCGGCUGGCCGGGCGCCGGCCGAUGCGUGCGGCCGCCGAGCUCGGCGGUGCCCAGCACGCGCUGGCGGCCCUCGGCGCGCAGCAGCCGCCGCCCAUGGCCGACGAUGAUGGCCAAUCGCCGUGGUCGCGGGCGCACGCGCUGCCCCCUGCCGGGGUGGUGUCCGUGUCCGGCCCGGCUACCCUCUGCCCGGAGGCCGAUGUGCUGCUGGUGCCGCACGGGCUGCCGGAGUACCGGGCCUCCUGCCAGCGCCUGCACACGGCCCUCUUCGAUCUGCAUCUGAACUUGAUCCGCCACGCGCGCCAGGCGCUGACGGAUCUGGCGGCGCUCUAUGUGCCGUGUCUGCGAGCCUUCAUGGUGACGUACCUGCUGCCGACGAUGGCCGAGGCGGUCCCGCUGGGCUUCUACUCGGUGCUGGUCCCCUGGUCGCUGGGUCUGGCACACGAUGUGUUCCCGGUGGCCGGGGCGAUGGCGCGCGUGGCGCCGGCGAUGCCGGGGUCCCCGGUCGCCGGCGGGCCGGCCCUUCCCCAGGCACAUGCCCUGCGCGAUGUGUCCCAGGUGCUGGAGCAGUUUGCCGAGCUGGGCCGGCAGGUGGACAAGUAUGCCGUCAGCCUGGUGGUGGAUUACAUCCGGUGCGUGGAGGCCACGGCCGCCGGGCAGCACAUCCGCCGCGCGGUGCAGAUGGGCCUGCAUGCGGUGCUGGCCCUGUGUGUCAGUCCCCCGACGAAGGGCAGGAAGUCCCAUAGCAGCGUGGUCUCCCGAGCCGAGAAGGAGUCCGCCCUGCAGCAGGCCAUGCUGACCCUCGGCCAGGCGGGCCGUCUGCUCCUGAAGACCCUCCGCCGGGAGCACCUCAUCUGGCACCAGUACUCCGGUCGGGUGUGAGUGUCUAGAGGAGGGGGGGUGUGCCGGGCGGGCAGGGCCGGCGAGGCGCCCGGGGCGCCGGGCGCAUGGGAAAAAAAAAAUGCCCAAGCCAACAGCCGGCCGCAUACCUGACGGGGCUGUCUCCCGCACACACCUUUUCCCUCUCUCCCUCCCUCU